AAUAUCUUUGAGCUGCAACCCCACGAAAGAGGUGCCGUCGCGUCGUUGUUCGAAAGGGCAGAAGCGACUCCUCUCCCGUCAUCUCCCUUUGGACAAUAAUGGCAACGAUGCCGGAGAUCGGCGGCCUGGCCUCAUCGCGGUGCGUCGGCCGGACGUUCCGUAAAAAUGGAAGGGGACGGCGAGGGGCCAGGCUGAACGCUACCGUCGGGCUCUCCGUGAGAUCGAUGAGGGCAGCGGAGAGGCGGGACGACCUUACCGAGGAGAUCGGCGCUCCUGUCUGCUCGGACAAGCUAAAUGCAUUGCACGAGUUCCAGUUGAGUGUUCCAAUUGGGGAAACAAGGCUACCACCUGAUUUUCACAGGAAGACAAAGAUAGUAUGUACAGUUGGUCCUUCGACGAACACACGUGAAAUGAUCUGGAAAUUAGCAGAGGAGGGAAUGAAUGUUGCACGGCUUAAUAUGUCUCAUGGUGAUCAUGAGUCGCACCAGAAGAUCAUUGAUUUGGUUAAGGAAUACAAUUACCAACACAAAGACAAUGUUAUUGCUGUAAUGCUGGACACCAAGGGUCCUGAGGUAAGAAGUGGAGAUUUGCCACAACCUAUCUUGCUCAAGGAAGGUCAGGAAUUCAACUUUACUAUCAAAAGAGGAGUUAGCUCUGAAGACACUGUGAGUGUGAAUUAUGAUGACUUUGUGAAUGAUGUGGAAGUUGGAGAUGUUCUCUUGGUUGAUGGAGGGAUGAUGUCACUAGCUGUAAGGGCCAAGACUCCUGAUACAGUCAAGUGCACAGCAAUUGAUGGUGGAGAACUAAAAUCAAGGCGACACUUAAAUGUGCGCGGCAAAAGUGCUACUCUUCCAUCCAUUACAGAAAAGGAUUGGGAAGAUAUUAAGUUUGGUGUGGACAAUGAAGUUGAUUUCUUUGCAGUUUCAUUCGUUAAAGAUGCAAAAGUGAUACAUGAAUUAAAAGAAUUUCUCAGAAGUUGCCAUGCAGAUAUACACAUUAUCCCUAAAAUAGAAAGUGCUGAUUCAAUUCCAAACCUUCAGGCCAUAAUUUCUGCUUCAGAUGGGGCAAUGGUGGCACGCGGAGACCUUGGUGCUGAACUUCCAAUUGAGGAUGUUCCUCUAUUGCAGGAAGAGAUAAUCAGGACAUGUAGAAGCAUGCAGAAACCAGUCAUUGUGGCAACAAACAUGUUAGAAAGCAUGAUAAACCAUCCCACUCCAACAAGAGCAGAAGUUUCUGACAUAGCAAUUGCAGUCAAAGAAGGUGCAGAUGCUAUCAUGCUAUCAGGAGAAACUGCUCAUGGGAAGUACCCAUUGAAAGCUGUUAAAGUAAUGCACAAUGUGGCAAUAAGGACUGAAUCAACAGUGCUAAGUGACAUUCUCCACACAACUGCUGCAGCUAUCCAGACUGGAGAUUGUGGGGAUGUUUCUCAAGGGCACAUUAGUGCAAUGUUUGCAUUUCAUGCAACCAACAUGGCCAAGACUCUUGGCACACCUAUUAUUGUUUUCACUCAAACUGGUUCAAUGCCUAUACUUUUAAGCCACUUUCGACCUUCUUCAACUAUAUUUGCAUUUACGAAUCAGGAAAGAGUUAAACAGAGGCUGGCGCUUUACCAUGGGGUGUUGCCUAUACAUAUGCAGUUCUAUGAGAAUGCAGAUGAGACAUUCUCUAGGGCCAUAAAACAUUUGAUGAAUCUCAAGUAUCUGAAGCAAGGAGAGUCUGUAACUCUAGUUCGGAGUGGUACACGCCCGAUCUGGAGAUCAGAGUUUACUCAUCAUAUUCAAGUCUCUCGUACUUGGAUGAAUAAUGGUCGCUCAUCGCCUUCCUCACCUUCAAGAACUGUUUCUGAAUUGAUACACAACCAUCCAAGUGUGGAUGUCAGCCUCAGCCCUUCGAUGAGGUCAAAUGCUUAAAACUUAUUUGAAGUAUCUCCUAGAUAAUGUGACUUCCAUCUUUUAUUUUUAUUUCUUGUCCUCUUCAGAUAUGCUUAGAACUCAUUUUGACUAUUUCCUACAUGACUUGGGUGCUAUUCAUGAUCAAACUAUAACUGAAUAAAAUCAUAAUACAACUAAA